AUGAUUAAAAAUUGGCUGAAAUGGCGAAAAACAAAGAAAGUAGCAGCGGAAGACGAAACAUAUGCAAUCUCCCAAAAGGAUACCCAACGUGAUCAUCAUGUCAACGCCACAGCAGCCUAUCAUACAGCUACUCGACCGAGGGUACAUCGUGGCCCACGCUCAUGUCCCGGUGAUUUAAGCAUUAAUCACUGUGAUGCCUACAGUCGUGUUCUCGAUCGUUCAUUGUAUCCGGAUAUAAUUAUUCCUGGUGAAAUGAUUCAUCGACGUCGUCGACAGCAGCAACGCUUCCGGCGUGUUAAUGCAUCCACAUCAGAGUAUGGUAGUGGUGAUCCAUCACCAACAACUUUGCAUAGUACAUAUAAUCGUAAUUUGGAUGAUUCAGAUUCAGGUUCAGAUUCUUGGACUACGGAAUAUGAACGAGCACAACAUAUUAGGGAAUUAGAGUAUGGACUUCGAGAACAGAAAAAGAAGCUAAAAGACUACAAAGGAAGAUUAAGAGCUGAAAGAGAUUUAAGGAUUGUUAAUGAAAGAACUAUGAUGGAAGAAGUAGAAAAAUAUAAAUGUGAAUUAAAGAGGGAACAGCGAGAAAGAAAAGCAACCGAACAACGAUAUAUCGAUAUUAUUGCCUACAUGAAAACUAAACUAUCGCUUCUGGAACAACAGCAAUCGAUAGGACAGCGAUGUCUACCGCCAGCACUACCACCUAUUAGUGAUUCAGCCAUCAAUUUACAAAGUGGUGCAACGCAGCUCGGUGGUACCAGUGAAUUGCUGUAUCCUUUAAACAUGAAUAAUCCAUCAUCAAUUUUACGGAGAAUCAGUUUUGAACACGAGUUAGAUGAAACGAAAAAUUUCCGAGCUGAAGAGAUAUAUGGUGAUUUAGAAACUGCUCGAAGUAGUGAAAAUACUACAACAACAGGUACAGAGCAGUCUGAUCGAAAUCGCCGAUCGACAACACUACUAAAAGAAAAUGACUCCGAUAAUGAUGAUAAUGGCUAUGUGACCACAUUUGAAUAUCCUGCAAAAAGUACAGAAAAAAACGAAGAUACGCGUGGAACCAAUGGUCUACUACGUACCUCACUAUGA